AUGACUUCUCCCACACUCCUCCACCUAUCCUACUACUCUACUGAUUUAUUACUACCCUCCUCCACCACCAACCCUCUCUACUUCUCUCUUUAUUCUUCCUGCCUUCUUCCCAACCACCAUCAUUGCACCACCACCACCACCACCACAAGACACCACCACCACCAUUUCACCAUUGUUCCAUUGUGCCACCACCAUUGUUCCAUUGUGCCACCAAGUUCCAGAUCUUCAAGUUUCAAGGUUGUUGUUUGGCAGAUGACAGACCCAUUCAUUUUUGAUGAAGCAGUGCUGCUUCAAGCUGCAUAUGAUGCAUAUGAUGCUGGGAAUGUUGAGCCUACAAGUAUCACUCCGUUUGUGCCACCAACUAUAAGUGUGGAUGCCACACAUUUAUUUACAACUGAUCAGGUAUUAAUUGAAUAUAGUAUGACAGUAUUGUUUAGCGAAUCUGAAGUGAUAGAUAUGAUAUGUCUUACUUUCGAACAUAUAUUUGAUACAUGUGAUGACCUUCUGAAUUGGGUUCGGAAUGUUGGAAAGGAGAAUGGAUACGAGAUAGUGAUCGGAAGGUCCAACAAAGGAACAAAAGGCGGAGCUAUAAAAGUUAUUUUGUUGUGCGGGAGGAAUGGUGUGUACGUGCCCUACAAGGACCCGCAAACGUUCAAGUACAACACCACCGGAUCAAAAAAGUGCAAUUGUCCUUUUACACUAAAAGGACAACCUACGGAGGGUGAUAAAAAUUGGUGGCUGAAAGUCAUGUGGGGGAAGCACAACCAUGAACCAGCUAGGUCACUAGUUGGCCACUCCUACGUUGGUCGACUAACGGGGGAAGAGAAGGGGCAGUUGUCAACUAUGCAUAAGUCUUGGGUUGCACCAAGACACAUGCUACUGGCUUUGAAGGAACAAAAUCCAGGUAACUUGACUACAAUCACUCAAGUGUACACUUGCUGCAAAACAAUCAAGAAAGAAGCACAGGGACCAUUGACAGAAAUGCAAUUUUUGAUGAAGAAGCUGACAGAAGCCAACUAUGUUCACUUUGAAAGACAAGCUGACGAUUCGGAUGUCAUUAGAGAUGUUUUCUGGGCUCAUCCUGAUGCUAUCAAACUCUUCAACACAUUCCCUCAUGUGGUCGUCAUGGAUUGCACGUAUAAGACAAAUAAAUACCGGAUCCCCUUGCUUGAAAUGGUUGGCUUGACUUCUACUGGUAAGACUUUCUCCAUAGCAUUUUGCUACAUGACUCAAGAGCGCACACAUGACUAUGUUUGGGCCUUGGACUGCAUGAAGUCUCUGCUUGCCGACCCUGUCAGAUUACCUGGUGUUAUUGUCACUGACAAAGAAUUGGCUUUAAUGAAUGCUGUUUCGCAAACUUUUCCCACCUCUUGCAAUUUAUUAUGUUUGUUCCACAUAAAGAAGGCUGUUGAGGCAAAGUGCAAAUUGUGGGUUGCCAAAGACGAUUUCAAAGAUAUAGUAAUGGAGCAAUGGACAGAUUUGGUGAAUGCGGAAACAGAGCAACAAUAUGAGAAGGAAUGGAGGAACAUGUGUGCCAUGUGUAAAGAUCACCCAAAGUUCACAAAGUACAUUUCUGAGACAUGGUUAACUCACAAGGAGAAGUUUGUGAAGGCAUGGACAAACAAUGUGAUGCAUUUUGGAAACACAACAAGUAACAGGGCUGAAAGUACACAUGCAUCCUUCAAGAAGAUGCUAAGGAACAGCAAGGGUAACUUGUGCGAUUCAUGGGAUGCAGUGGAUAGGUUGACAACUGUGAGACACAAUGAAAUUGUAGCAUCUUUUGAGCGCAGCAUUAACAUUGUAGAGCACCGUUUCAAGUCUAAAAUGUAUGUGAAUGUAAGGGGGUUCGUGACUGAAAAAGCCCUUCAACUCAUGCACGAUGAACAAAACAGAGGGUGGGGUCAGGAUGAGGUAUGUGGUUGCUUGAUGAAAGUCACUCAUGGACUACCUUGCGCUUGUGCACUUCAGAGUUAUGUUUCAAUUCCGUAUAAGGCAGUGGAUCCGUUAUGGAAGAUACUUUCUUGGGAACAAGUGCCUGUUCCGGAUAGACAAACCUCAAACCGUGGAGACAUUCAGUAUGACAUCGAGGCCUUGGUUGCUCAUUACAGUACUCUGGAUGAUGCAGGCCAAAGUAUGCUGAGGAGGAAGGUUAAAGAGUUGUAUUGUCCCCAGAGUAGUUCACUAUGUCCUCCUGAAGUGAAAAAAAAAACCAAGCAGUCAUCCAAAGCCAAGGGGAGUAAGCCACCUACACGUGAACCAAUAGGAUCCUUGAGGCGGGAGCCUUCACAUUGGGAACUUAAUGAGAGCAACGCAACACCUACGCUUGCCAAAUGUCCUCCACCAACUAUACAGUCCAGGAAUCGUUCAUCACAAGCUAAUGAAGUGAUAGAUGUUGAUGGAGAUGGUAAUUGUGGCUAUAGAGCGGUCGCUGCAUUGCUGGGACAUCCGGAAGGGCAGAAUGGUUGGCAUUCGAUUAGGGAAAAGUUGAUGGAAGAACUCGAACGGCAUCAGUAUUUAUAUAACACCAUGUGGGGUUUCGAUAUAGUUCAGGCCUUGCACUUUCGUCUCACCCUCCCUCAUGAUCAGAUGGCCACUGACGACAAAUGGAUGCACUUACCGGAGAUGGGGUAUCUCAUUGCUACAAGGUUUCAGGUGGUAUUUAUCUCCAUUUCGGAAAAAUCAAGUUACACUUACCUUCCAUUGAUAGGCGCCCCACCAGAGGUACACACAGUUAUAGCUGUUGGUCAUGUGCCCAACGACUUUGUACAGCUUAAGUUGUUGCAUGGACAUCCGAUUCCGUAUAUUGCUCCCCAAUGGCCAUACAACGUCCUACCACCCACGACCGAAUGGAUUAACCCAUAUCAAGACCGUAUGGCCAGAUUUGCGCUUGAACACACUGCUUGGAGGGCUGCUAUUGCUGGACCUCUUGUUCCAAAUGUGAAUGACUACAUAGACAUCACAAAAGACUAA